AUGCCCUUUUGGCGCCAAAAGCCUCAGUGGCCCCCUUUGCCGUCUGUAGAAGACGAAGUUGCCUCCCUCUCCCGUGAGUGGGACGGACUAUCCAACCUUGGAGAAAACCCCGGAGUCGAAGGAGUGUGUGCCAGAGGAACCAUCGAUCAAUACCCUGUGAUCAUGGACGUGUUUUGUUACUCGGAGGAGACCUUGAUCGUGGAGGAGUUCGGCCGGGAAGUCAGUUCAUCGGACGACAGCGCAGGGCCGCCAACGCCGCCCACGGAUUUCCCUCAAUUCUCGAUUCCUCACCAUCUUAGCAGCAAACUCAACCUGAAUAACUUCCCUUUUGGUCCGUCGCCCUUUUCGGCGCCACCGACAUCUCAGAAGGCCCUUCCCCCAGGCCCUUCCCCGAGGAGAACCACGUCCCACUCAGGACAUGGCCCCCAAAGCACCACCAGUACGACUUCGAGGUCUUCCUCUCGCCAAUGCGACCCCAGUUCCAGGAGCUCUCGGACCCCCAAGGAAGCCGUUCCUGCAAGGCCCAAGGAAUCUCCUCCCACACCACGGAAGGGUCUUUCCCGGGCCAACAGCCGUAGUGGACAGCACUCUGAGCCUGCCUCGUCAUCCACCCCUCGGCGAUCAGAAAGUGUCAAAUCCAUGCGGCCCUUGAGACGCUCGGCUACCGACACGCCGCGACCCAGUUCUCCCUCGGGUUAUGUCUCUGACUCCAACUCAGCCAAGCAGAAGACCAAGACGAAGCGUCCGGAACCUCUCCGGGCCUCCACAAACCUGAAGACUGUUGUGGACGCUCCGAACACGCCCACCCUGGCCGAAAGACUGGAGGAGAAGCUGAGACAGCGACAGGAACAACGUGAUACCAAAAGCACGGCACCCAGCAAUGUGCAGAAGCCAUCCGUUCCUUUGUCGGCUGUCAAAUCUGCCAAGCCCACCAAGCUCAUCGAACGCAAAAUCGAGCUCCCUGUACAAAAAGUUCCGUCGCGUCCUGCAUCAGCCUCGCCGAAACCCUCGCCAAAACUUUCUCGCCCACGCAGUGCCGAGCAGGAUCCUUUUUCGACAUCGUUUUCCACUGUUACUCCAGCAGUGGUGAACGGACCACCUCGGCCACCUCGUCCCCCCUUGGCUGUUAUCGGCCAAGAACAGCGAUCUCACUCUACUGAUGCGGUGCCAACUGGCCAUGGGACCACCAGACGCACAGUGUCCUUUUUUGAGGAAGCGCUCAAGCCUCCCUCGUGCCACCGGAAGGUCGAACCGGAUAUUGUCCAGCAACUACAAUCCUCUCGCAGCAAUUCCCCCCAAGGCGCUGUUCGCCCACCCUCUCCCAACAAAGAUGGAUCCUGUCUGCUGCCAUGCCCUAGGUCCGUUCCGGUGGCCGGUUACCAAGACUGGUUCACUAUCCGAGGAAUGACACAUUUGAACAUCUGCCCUUCGUGCAUGAAACAGAUGCGCAAGUCCAGAUUCCGCGACGCCUUUGUCCUCGGGAACCCCCGACCCCGCAGCGACUUGAUCCGUUGCUCCAUGAGCGAGCCAUGGACGCGACUUGCCUGGAUGCAAACCAUCAAGAAACAGCUGGACCAUCUUGAUCUCCUCCAGCAGAUCACGCGGAGCCGGUCAUCAGGCAGCAAACCAUGUCCGGGCCGCAUCGUCAGCGAACAGCACUGGUACCGCGUCGUCGACCCAGACACGGGACUCUUUCUUCCGAAAUUCAACGUCUGCUCCGCGUGCGUCAAGAACUUGAGGACAUUGAUGCCUCCUCACCGGAACACCUUCAAACGCAGCACGGCCACGCAAGCCCGCGUCUGCGAUUUCGUGACCGACAGCCCGCGCUUCGUCCGCUACAUCGACUACCUGGACAUCGCGGCCAACCGGUCCGAGAAAGAAUGGACCUCGCAGCCCGACCUCAGCGACUUCAUGGCCUACGCCCGCCGCAAGGUCGUGCUCCGCGACUGCCGCCGCGACCGCCUAAUCCUCAACACCUGGCACUACAUCCCGCAGCUCCCGGAGCUGACGGUGUGUGAAGAUUGUUAUGAUGAUGUCGUCUGGCCGCUCGUCAAGGCCAACCAGCCGAUUGCGCGCAAGUUCUCGACCCUCACGCGUCUGCCCCCGGGUGAUGGGCCUUCCCGGUGCCGCGAAGCCAGCUGUCAGCUGUACUCGCCGCGCAUGCGCACCAAGUUCCGCGAUGCUGUGCAGCGCGACGACCUGAUGUAUCUGAAGCUGGUCGCGCUGCGACGGUUCGACGCGGAGCAACGAUUCCGCGACCGACAGGAAGAAUUGUUGGAUGACGAGGCGCGCGGCUAUGAGUGCGAGAUGGAGUUGAGGAAGAACCUCGAGGAGUGGAAAGCUUGGGAGUAG